AUGACUGUGGAGAAAAUGGCCGUGAAAAAUGGCUCUUUGGUAACAGAAUUUAUACUCUUAGGGAUAAUAGACCAGCCUGAGUUACAAAUACCCCUGUUUUUACUCUUUCUUGUAACCUAUAUGAUAACUGCAUUAGGAAAUUUGACUUUGAUCAUUCUAAUUAUAUUGAAUUCCCACCUCCAUACACCCAUGUAUUUUUUCCUCUUUAAUUUGUCCUGCAUAGACCUGUGUUAUUCUUCUGUGAUUAUACCCAAAAUGUUGAUGAACUUCAUGUUAACCGAGAAUGUUAUCUCUUAUACUGGAUGUAUGACCCAGCUAUUCUUGUUUUGCUUUUUUGUCAUUUGUGAAUGUUAUGUGUUGACAUCAAUGGCCUAUGAUCGCUACGUGGCCAUCUGCAAACCACUCUUGUAUAACAUUGCCUUGUCUCCUAAGGUAUGUUCCUAUCUUAUGCUUGGUUCAUAUUUGAUGGGGUUUUCUGGUGCCAUGAUCCACACUGGAUUCAUCCUCAGACUGACCUUCUGUGAUAGAAACACCAUCAACCACUAUUUCUGUGAUGUCCUCCCUUUGCUGCAGCUCUCCUGCACCAGCACCUAUGCCAGUGAGUUAGAACUCUUCAUUGUCACAGGAAAAGACAUCAUUGUUCCUACUUGUAUCAUCUUUACCUCUUAUGGACUAAUCAUAUUCAGCAUCCUAAAAAUAAGGUCCACUGAGAGCAGGUCCAAAGCCUUCAACACCUGCAGUUCCCACAUACUUGCAGUUUGUAUGUUCUUUGGAUCAGGUGCAUUCAUGUAUCUCAAGCCUACCUCAGUUGUAUCUAUGGAUGAGGGAAAAUUCUCUUCCAUUUUUUAUACUGUUGUAGUUCCCAUGAUGAACCCUUUAAUCUAUAGCUUGAGGAACAAAGAUGUUAAAGUUGCCCUGAGAAAAACCUUGAGCAGGAGAAUGUUUUGA